CACUGAUGAUCAGUGUGCCCUAAUGAUCAGUGUGGCCCCAGAAGUGCCACCUGUCAGUGUCCAUCAGUGCCAGCUGUCAGUGCUGAACAGUGCCACAUGCCAGUGCCCAUCAAUGCCACAUAUCAGUACCCAUCUGAGCUGCCUUUCAGUGUCACCCAUCAGUGCCAGUCAGUGCCACCUAUCAGUGCCGCCUAUCAGUGCCAGUCAGUGCCGCCUAUCAGUGCCCAUCAGUGAUGCCUGUCAAUGCCCAUCAGUGCCACCUACCAGUGCCUCCUCAUCAGUGCCACCUAUCAGUGGAGCCUAUCAGUGCCCACUACUGCAGCCUCAUUAUCGCACAUCAGCGAAGGAGAAAAAUCACUUAUUUACAAAAUUUUAC